AUGUCAGAUAAAGAUAAAGAUAAAGAUAAAGAUAAAGUUGUGAGACUUAGAAAGAUUGGAGAUCCACCUGGGACAUCAUCAGUUCGUUUACAGCAAUCGACACCAGCACCAACACCGCAAUCUGGUGGUAUUGCAAGAACACCAACAGCACCAAGCGGCGGUGGUGGAGGUAUCGCAAGAACACCAACAACCUCUACCUCUAGUACACAAUUACCAAAUAGAGGACCCUCACCCUCUAUAAAUAUAGCUAGAACAGGGUUAGCUCCAUCUAUGCCAACUGGAGGAGCAAAGAAAUUUAUGCCAAACACCAAUCAAGUUAGAAAAAAGUAUGAUGAGCAACCAAAACCAAAUGCAGAUCUAUUUUCUGGGGGCGCUAUUUCAGAUAUUAUUCUGGAUUCUUUGAAUCCUAUUGGACGACCGGAUCAAAAACGAACGGAUCCAAAACGACCAGGAAGAAUCAACUCUGCAAUCAAUCCCAAUAGAAAUAAUAGAAGACCUCAAUCUGCACUACCCAACCUACCAUCUCUUCCACUUACCGAUCUACCAGAAUCCUUAUUACAAAGAAAUGAACAACAAAGAGCAAAUAAAGAAGCAGAUAAAUUAAAUGAAGCAUUUGUAAAUCAAUUAUUCCAUGAGAUGGAAAUUGAUCCAAAUCAACCAUCACAUCCAACUCAUCUUCCAUUGGUAGAUCCAAGAAAAAUUAUGAAAGAGUAUUCACUAAAGGAUGCAAAGUUGGAUCUUGAAAAGAAAAAGAAAGAGUUGCAAGCACAAAUUGAAAAUGGUGAAUUGUCAGAUCAAAGAGAUCUUGGAGAAGAUGGAGGAAAGAAAAAGGAAGAUGAACGUAUCAAACCAUUUUACAAUGAAGGAAUCUUUCUCAACGAAGACAAUCUAUUUUUCAUUCAACUACCUACAUCUUUGCCAUCAACUGCUUCGAGACCAGUUCCAAGUAUGAUUAUGACUCCUCCUCCACCUGUUGCCAAGGCACCACCCAAACCACCAGCCAAACCUGCCAAGGCAGGUGCAAAACAAGCUGCCAAAGACAAAGAAGAUGAAGAUGAUCAACCAAAAGUUAUCCUCACUGAAAAAUCUUUUGUUCCAAUGGUCUAUCCUGGUGAUUUCCCAAAUACACUAAAGUAUAUGAACUCUGGUCAAUUGGGAACUCUUAAAUUUUAUAAAUCUGGUAAAGUUGUUAUGAGUGUUGGUCCUGUUGAUUAUGAAAUUUCAGCAGGUAAUAAAUUAAAGUUUUUGGAAGAAGUACAAUGUAUUACUCAUGAAGGUCCAACUUGUUAUACACUUGGAACUCCUGAUCAACAUUUAGUAGCCGCUCCAAUGUUAAACCAAAUUAAGUAG